AUGGAUUUGUAUCAAACCCUUAUUGGGUUGGCAGAUAUUCUGAAAGCCUCCGUAAAAAUUAAACUCAAAAAUGCAAAGUUGAUGGCUCUUCCCUUUAUUUCCUCUUCAAUCUUGGUCUCCUUGUUCGACCCGAAUCCGAUUUCCUUGGCGUGCGACAUGCUCCUCAAGGAAUCCUUGUUCCCCGUCGCAAGCUCCAUCACCACAGAUUUCAUCACCAAACGCCCAGGAAUCGCAGAAAACGUCCCCUACUUACUAACACUCUUUUUCGGUUUCUUUCUUUCUUAUUUCAUCAUCUCCUUUUUCUCUAUGAUGGCAGCCAUCGCAGUUUCAGCCGACCAAAAAUUAUCAUUCAAGAUUCUGAGAUGUUGGAGGAGGCCAUUUCUUACAGCAUUUUACACCACGGUUUUCGCCCUAGGCUACGUUUACUCUGCCUUGUACGUGGCCACCCCUCUGCCCGUUUUUUCCGACCUCUCUAACCUCAAAGAUGCUGUCUUAUUCUCUGCGGCUGCCUACAUUUUCUAUCUCUAUCUCUCAAGUGUUUGGAUUCUGAGUUUAGUGGUGUCGGUGGUUGAGGAAGACGACAGCGCUGGUGGGAUUGCUGCACUUGGGAAAUCUGCUGAAAUCAUCAACGCCCACAAGAUACAUGCAUUUUUUAUCAACAUUCUUGUGAAUCUGAUUUGUUUCGCGGUAUAUUUUGGCUCCAAUUUGAUUAUCAAUGUUGGAAAACAUCGCAUGAUUUAUGGGGUUUUGUUGGUGAGCUUUUCAUGUUAUAUGAGGAUUUUCACAUUUGUGGCAUACACCGUGUUGUAUUUCCGUGCAAUGGAAUUGAGGCUGAGUAGUGAUGUAUCUUGA